AUGGAUGUCAACAAUGCUGAGAUGGCCGCAGCCGUCUCUCCAGUCGAACCUUCGACAUCACCUACUCAACCUCCUCCGUGUGUUUUAUCUCCUUCACAUGGGUCUCAUCCUCCAACCCAUAUUCCUAAUCGCUCUCGCCAUCAUCAGUAUCGACAUCAGUUCUCGUCUGUGUCGACAAAUUCCUCAUCUUCCUCUUCCCCUUCCUCUAUUUCGUCUUAUUUUUCUUCUUCGAAAUCGCUAGCCUCUUCAAAGGCUUCCAGCAGCUCCUCACAUACUGAUAGCUCAAACUCUCACACGAGAGAAGAGACACUAUUAUUUCGUCUGUGGAGAAGAGCUAGAAAAGCCAUGGCUACCAUCCACCACUAUAUUAGGGAUGACAAAGGGGCGUUCAUGUACCCAGCAGCGUAUGAAGUUGGAAACCCGCUCGAAUAUGAACACAGACGCUACUGGACUCGGAGCAUUUUUGCAAGGGAUCCAGUUCUCAGCUACGACGUCGAGAAAGGGGGGGCUCUCUAUCCAGGCCCUCUUCCAGAACAAGAAUCUUACGUCUGGCCAAAAAUUCGACACGGUUUCUUUUCAGCGUACCGUAGACUCUUUGGUCUCAUCUUUCUCACAAAUCUUGCUGGACUUCUCUAUGUUGUCUUCUCAUUCAGCGGUCCUGGAAGACUAGUUCACUUGUCGACAGCCGUCUCUGCAAAUCUUCUCGUUGCUGUCUUAAUCCGCCAGGAUUUUAUCGUCAAUGCAAUCUUUGCCGUCUUUGCCUUAACUCCUCAAUGGUUCCCCCUUCGAAUCCGUCGUUGGGUUGCCAAAGUUUAUGAAUACGGUGGAGUUCACAGUGGCGCCGCCAUUGCUGCCACAAUGUGGUAUAUCUUUUUGACUGUGGAGAUCACUCGAACAUAUGCUAGGGCUGUGCACAACGGUGCCCCUGCUAGCCAUAUGCUCUCGCUACUGCUCUUGACUUGGGUUCCUCUCUUGAUCCUCUUACUUAUUCUCAUAUUCACAAUUCCAGAGCUUCGACGUCGCUUCCACGAUCAAUUCGAAGCUUCCCAUCGAUUUGGUGGCUGGCUCGCCAUCAUAAUCAUUUGGGUGCAAGCAAUUAUAAUGGCAAAUGCUACUCGUGGGGAGAAGUCCCUUGGAAGAACCCUCGCUGAAAAUCCAUCUUUUUGGUUUCUCAUUAUAAUCUCAGCCUGUAUCAUAUAUCCUUGGCUCCGACUUCGCAGGGUUAUUGUUCGUCCACAACGUCUCUCUCAACAUGCAACACGUCUUUGGUUCGAUACCGUCAAAGUUGGUUUCUGUCAGGGCUUCGCUGUCAGUGAUAGACCACUAUUUGAAUGGCACACAUUUGCCUCCCUUCCAGAGCCCGACUUCAAGUCCUGUUCUCUUCUGGUCUCAAACGCCGGUGACUGGACUAAGAAACAAAUCAACCAAGGUCCACAUAAACUCUGGAUCCGAGGCAUCCCUCGAACAGGCGUCCUUCGUAUCGCCCCGAUUUUCAAAUCCGUCAUCAUGGUUGCAACUGGGAGUGGAAUUGGCCCCCAGCUCUCUUUUCUACUCGCCUGUGGGAAUAGACUCAAAUGUCGUCUUCUCUGGUCCACCCGCAGCCCCCAGGAAACUUAUGGAAGAGAAAUCCUGGAUCUUGUCAACAAAGUCGACCCCCAAGCCGUCAUUAUCGACACAAAGAAAACCGGCCGCCCCGAUAUCGUCCAGAUUACCUAUGAACUAUAUAAAAACGAGGAAGCCGAAGCCGUUUUUAUAAUUUCCAACCAAAAGAUUACCAGGAGCACUGUCUACGCUUUGGAAUCCCGCGGCAUUCCUGCCUAUGGACCGGUUUUUGAUUCUUAA